UUUGUUCGGUUUUCUUUAUAAGUUUAAAUUGAAUACUUUUAUUUUUUAAGUUUUGUAAUGACCCUAAAAUGGAAUGUAUUGAGAGUAAUUAAAUAUGCCAAGUAAGAGAAAAGAAGGUGGUGCCGGGAUAUGUGAGAUUUCCCAUAGCAGGAUGGGAGCUACACUGUUCGUGCAUCCUCUAGACCUUGUAAGAUUUCGAAUGCAGCUGAGCGGAGAAGGAGGGCUCGCGAAAGACCACAGAACAUGGCUUCACGCGUUUACAUCCGUGAUAAAAAACGAAGGAACUUCUCGGCUGUAUGCCGGAAUUUCUGCCAACAUCCUUCACCAAGCUAUCUAUACUACAAUUCGCAUGGGGUCCUUCCAGGCAAUACUAGAUAAGCUUAGAAAGUCCGGACAUGAUAGUCUUCCUUACCAAGUACCAGCUGCGAUGGCCGGAGGACUUUUUGCAGGCUUUCUGGCGACUCCAGCCGAAGUAGCUCUUGUAAGAAUGACUGGGGACGGGAGAUUGCCACCUUCGGAGAGAAGGGGUUAUAAACACGUCUUUGACGCUCUUCGACGCAUUUCCAACGAGGAGGGAGCUAAAGGUCUUUACACGGGUUUGAGACCAACGGUACUAAGAGCGAUGAUAGCUAAUGUUGCGCAGCUAGUUAGCUACACUCAGGCAAAAGAGUUCCUGAUAAAUAAAGGACACAUGGAAAAUAACACGAAAUGUCACAUAGUUAGCAGCAUUGUCUCUGGAUUCAUGUUCGCAUUUGCAACUUGUCCGAUCGAUGUACUAAAAACAAGGAUACAGUUUAUGGAGUCUAAGACAACUACUCCCUUGUAUUCUGGUGUUUUGGAUGCGUUGAGCAAGACCGUACACAAAGAGGGAGUGCCAGCCCUAUGGAAGGGCCCAUGCCGUUCAUGCCGUUGUACGCUAGAUGCGCCCCUCACACAAUCCUAUUGUUUUUAUUUUCAGAGAAUUUGACAUAUCUAUACAGAAAAUACUUUGAUAAAAAUCCAGGUUAUGACUACUAAACAAUA